GUUACGAUUAUACUUUGAACCGCUGCUGCUGCAUGCACCGGCGGAAGCUUAAUUUUUCAGGGCGCACUGAAUGCUCGCUGGUACUUUCUUUAUGUGAACGGUUGCCCGCUCCUCUUUCUCAUCACAUCUGUUCAUGCACCCAGAUUCUUCCUAUCGCACUUAAUAUAACCACAUUUUUACAUUCUGUCUAUUCAGAGCGGUGGAUCUUCAGCGGAGCCCAGCUUGCAGCCCAUGUGAACGGUGCAAAUAAGCUACAUACGUGGUGCAACAACCAGGUUUCUAUUUUCUCUAUGAGGAUAACAAUCGCCACUGCGCUAGCUUUUCUGCUCACCAUCUUAGCCACAGCCCUCAGCAUCCCACUUACUCUCCGAGAUGCAUCUCUCCUUGCAGAUCCCCACCCACUGCCGGAUCUAGCUAAGCGGCGUGGAGGCGGCGGAGGUAGCGGUGGGAGCAGCAGCAGCAGCGGACGCACAGGGAGUGCUGGGAGUAGCCCGAGGACCAGCUCCUCCCGCAAUAAUGCCGGGGGCUCAUCCCGCAGCGGCUCUGGAACACGGCCGGUGUAUGGGGGCGGUUACUACUAUGCCGGCGGUGCCAGGACUCCCUAUACCUCUGGUGCACGAUCGCCUUCAGGUGUGACGCCUUACUAUUUGCCGGCGACUGCCAUCCCACUCUACUACCAGGGCAUCUGGGCGUACGGGUUGUAUGUCUACCCCUACAGCCAUGGCUACCACUAUGUCAAUAACACCACACACCAAAACGAGUCGAUGCCCAUGGCCUGUACAUGCCAGAAGUACCUGGAAUGUGGGUGUGAUGACAAUGCCAACAGCACUUACUAUCAGUCGCUCUUCAACGGCAGUAAACCCUUGAAUACGAGCGUGACAAGUGUGGUGGAGGUGAACGGCACUGAAACGGUCUAUAUCAAUGGAACCCUGCCCAAUGGGACGACUGCGGCCGAUUCAUCGUCGGCUGCAGCCCGCCCCAUGGUCCAUGGGUAUUGGAUGAUGAUUGCCGUCGUGGUGGGCACCGUCUGGAUGUAACAAGGUACUACGUAUUAUGGACUUGUAUACUGUAUAGAUCACAAAAUGGACUUAUACCCACGGUUAGCG